GCUGCGCCCACGUGACUGGCGUCGCACCCGGUGAGCGUCACGUGACGGACUCAGCUUUCCUCCAAUCGUUGUGUACGUUGUGGAGAUUCCACCCAGGACCCGGGCCGCGAUGUAAAACGCCCCAUUGUCCUGCCGGCCGGACGGGCCGUCCUCCCGCCCCCAGCGGGGCAGCGGGGCCUCUCACGGGUCCUCGUCCGGAGCGGCACCGGGAAGCCCGGGCCUGUAACGCGCUCAGACCCGGAAGUGACGUCUCCCAGAGGGGCCGGAAGUGGCAGUGGAGGGAGGGAAGAUGGCGGAGGUGGGGGAGAUCAUCGAAGGCUGCCGCCUGCCGGUGCUGCGGCGGAACCAGGACAACGAGGAUGAGUGGCCCCUGGCCGAGAUCCUGAGCGUGAAGGACAUCAGUGGCAGGAAGCUUUUCUACGUUCAUUACAUUGACUUCAACAAACGCCUGGAUGAAUGGGUGACCCACGAGCGGCUGGACCUGAAGAAGAUUCAGUUCCCUAAGAAGGAGGCCAAGACCCCCACCAAGAACGGGCUCCCUGGGUCCCGCCCUGGCUCUCCCGAGAGAGAGGUGAAACGAAAGGUGGAGGUGGUUUCACCAGCAACUCCAGUGCCCAGUGAGACAGCCCCCGCCUCAGUUUUUCCCCAGCCACUGCUGUUCCUGUCAUCUCACCUACAGAAUGGGUCAGCCCGCAGGGCGGUGGCAGCUCAGCCAGGACGGAAGCGAAAAUCCAAUUGCUUGGGCACUGAUGAGGACUCCCAGGACAGCUCAGAUGGAAUCCCAUCAGCUCCGCGCAUGACGGGGAGCCUGGUGUCCGACCGCAGCCACGACGACAUCGUCACCCGGAUGAAGAACAUCGAGUGCAUCGAGCUGGGCCGCCACCGUCUCAAGCCGUGGUACUUCUCCCCGUACCCACAGGAGCUCACCACACUGCCCGUCCUCUACCUCUGCGAGUUCUGCCUCAAGUAUGGCCGCAGCCUCAAGUGUCUGCAGCGUCACUUGACCAAGUGUGACCUGCGCCAUCCCCCAGGCAACGAGAUUUACCGCAAAGGCACCAUCUCCUUCUUUGAGAUCGACGGACGCAAGAAUAAGAGUUACUCCCAGAACCUGUGUCUUCUGGCCAAGUGCUUCCUCGACCACAAGACCUUGUACUACGACACAGACCCUUUCCUCUUCUACGUCAUGACGGAGUAUGACUGCAAAGGCUUCCACAUCGUGGGCUACUUCUCCAAGGAGAAGGAGUCCACAGAAGACUACAACGUGGCCUGCAUCCUGACCCUGCCUCCCUACCAGCGCCGGGGCUACGGCAAGCUGCUGAUUGAGUUCAGUUAUGAGCUCUCCAAAGUGGAAGGGAAGACGGGGACCCCUGAGAAGCCCCUCUCGGACCUUGGCCUCCUGUCCUACCGAAGCUACUGGUCCCAGACCAUCCUGGAGAUCCUGAUGGGACUGAAGUCUGAGAGCGGGGAGAGGCCACAGAUUACCAUCAACGAGAUCAGCGAGAUCACCAGCAUCAAGAAGGAGGACGUCAUCUCCACCCUCCAGUACCUCAACCUCAUCAACUACUACAAGGGCCAGUACAUCCUCACGCUGUCGGAGGACAUUGUGGAUGGACACGAGCGGGCCAUGCUCAAGCGCCUCCUCCGCAUCGACUCCAAGUGUCUGCACUUCACUCCCAAGGACUGGAGCAAGCGGGGCAAGUGGUGACCAGGCUCAGCCGUGGGAGCGCCCACAGCACGGCAGGACUGGAGCUGACGGUCCCUCCCGCCCACAGGGCUCCCUGGGGGACAGACCAGGCUGAGGACAGUUCCACAGGAGAGGGCCGGCCUGGCAGGGGCUGGUUGGUGCCCAGCACCAAAGUGAGCUCAGGGCUCAGGCCCCCUCUGCGCCCAGGCUGGCUGUGAACCAGGGGCCAGAGGGAGCCAGGCAGACGUGCGCAGUGAGAGGGGAGUGGGGCACUCUGUACAGAGGUUGGUGGCUGUAAAAAAUUUGUAAAGUAGGAGUGGGGGUGGGGUGGGUAUUGGUUACAAAAUUCUGGCCUCUCGCCCCAGUACCCGUCCGGUCCCUGUAUCGUCACACACGC